AGCCGCGGCGUUUGGAUCAAGCGGCGCCGUCGGGCAGGUCGGGCGCUGCGCUUCGCCUGGGCGCGCACGGCAGAGGCGGCGGUGGCGGCGGAGGGAGCCGGAGCCGGGCAGCGGGAGAAGGAGCCCAGCCGGCGGCUGAGUCCGGAGCUCCCUGCCCGCCCGGCGGCGUCCCCCGCUCGCCCCGCCGAUGCUCACCAUGACCGAAGAGCAGGUCAAAGGCCCGGAGGCGCCGGGCAGCCCGGCCGGCACGGCCAGCUCCCUCUCGCACGUGGACUCGGACUCGGACGCGCCCUGCUCCCCGGCCGGCUCGGAGGGGCCCCCACCGCCGCUGCCGCGCUCGGCCAAGGGCGAGGCGGGGGAGGCGGACGAGCGCUUCCCCGCCUGCAUCCGCGACGCCGUCUCGCAGGUGCUGAAGGGCUACGACUGGAGCCUGGUGCCCAUGCCGGUGCGGGGCCACGGGGCGCUGAAGGCCAAGCCGCACGUCAAGCGGCCCAUGAACGCCUUCAUGGUCUGGGCGCAGGCGGCGCGCAGGAAGCUGGCCGACCAGUACCCGCACCUGCACAACGCCGAGCUCAGCAAGACGCUGGGCAAGCUCUGGCGCUUGCUGAGUGAAAAUGAGAAACGUCCCUUUGUGGAGGAAGCGGAACGGUUGAGAGUUCAACAUAAAAAGGAUCACCCAGACUACAAAUACCAGCCACGACGGAGGAAAAGUGUCAAAGCCGGCCAGAGCGAUUCAGAUUCAGGAGCUGAGCUGAACCAUCACGGAGGAUCCCAGAUCUACAAAUCAGAUUCAGGGCUGGGCUCCAUGAGUGAAGUGCAUCACCCCAGUGACCACACAGGGCAGCCCCAUGGGCCUCCUACCCCACCUACCACCCCUAAGACCGACCUACACCCUGGGGGCAAGCAAGAGCUGAAGCACGAAGGCCGGCGCCUGAUGGAAAGCGGCCGACAGAACAUUGAUUUCAGCAACGUGGACAUCUCCGAGUUGAGCAGUGAGGUCAUCAACAACAUGGAGGCCUUUGACAUCCAUGAAUUUGACCAGUACUUGCCCCUCAAUGGGCACUCUGCCAUGCCAACCAGCCACGGGCAGAGCUCCACCGCAGGAUCUUAUGGGACCUCGUACGCUCACGUGGCCAACGGCAGCACUGGAGGGGCUUCCCAGGGAUGGACUCACAAGAGCCCAGCCUCUGCCUCGCCUUCUUCCAGUGAAACCAGCCAGCAGAGGCCUCACAUCAAAACUGAACAGCUCAGCCCUAGCCAUUACAGCAACCAGCCUCACAAUUCUCCAACCCAUUCGGACUACGGAUCCUAUACUGCUCAGGCGUGUGCCACCACCGUGUCCCCGAGCUUAGCCACGGGGUCUUUUUCCAGCUCCCAGUGUGACUACACAGAUCUUCAGGGUUCUAACUACUACAAUCCUUACUCGGGCUACUCUUCCAGCAUUUACCAAUAUCCAUAUUUCCAUUCCUCUCGCCGGCCAUAUGCCACCCCCAUCCUCAACAGCCUGUCCAUCCCCCCUUCUCACAGCCCCACGGCGAAUUGGGACCAGCCAGUCUACACAACCCUGACGAGACCUUGAGCUGAUGGAAGGAGCCACUUCUCCAGGUCUUCCCCGCCAGCCUUCAACAGUGUGCACUACACAGAAACGAAGACGGAGCAAAGAAAUGAGAAUAAUUAGUAACAAAGAACUCUAAUGGAGCAUCAUUGCAUAGUCCGAAGUGCCUCUCACUUUGCCUGCCCUCCAUAGAAUCUCUUAGAUUUCCCAAGGCAGAGUUCUAUUUUGUUUAUUCUGAUUCGCAAAUAAUAUUAAACAACACCGGGACCAAUGAAUGCUCUUGAACAGAUGAAGGACAAUCCAUUCCAACUCCUCUGUGAGAAAACUUUGAGAUGAGUUUGGAUUUCAGAUCCAGGACUCUGUAAAGGUCGAGGCGAAGAUGGUGCUUAAGAUUUUGUGGCAAACUAGGGACAGAUCAGCCUUGCACAAAAACCCAUCUGGGAUUUUUUAAAAAAUCCCCAGUGUUCAAUUAACCAUACUGAGGGACCAUUCAAGAAUCUUUGGGGACCAACUAAUGUCAGCAUUUCUUAAUUUUAGUUGAAGUUCUGAGCAAGGUUUGGCUGUAAUUAACAUUUUGUUUGGAAGCUUAAAAAGUGCAUUGAUAUAUAUAUAUUUUUUUGUCAUUGUUUGAGAGUAAAUCUGUUAAAUAUGUAUUUAUGUUUUGUGUAAUUUUUGUCCUUUUAAUUAAUGAAGUAACUCUGUGCAAGAGGUAGAAAUUUAAAUAAAAUAAAGACUUUAUAGUCCAUGAAGUAGUUUCUAGUGGAGGAGUUUUCUCAUCUCCCUAAUUACACUACUCGUUAAAGAGAGGAAAAAAGCAGCGUUUAAAGUCUGUCAGAAAGGAAAAUUAGAAAUGCUUCAAAAGAAACAGUGAUAAUAUAGGAACCUAAGAGGUGGAGAAAAAGCAGAAUUCACACCCCGUUUCAACAAAAGUUGUGCCAAGUUGCUUCUGGCUAAUGUUCGCUUCCAGGUGCUAUGAAGGUGACGGCCACUCCAUAUUGUUUUUCCCAAACUCCUGGAAUUUGAGGUAGACUGCCACUGGAACCAGAGAAUGCUCAUCGAGCUCUUCCAAUUGUUGGCCCCAGCAUAGCUGUAUGGCUUCUAAACAAUCAUUUAGGGCUUGGUAGGAGAAGCGUGGUUGAUUUUGCAUAGCCUGGUUAGAAGAAGAAUCAAACCAGGGAAUUCUGGGAAUUGAAGUUCAUGUGUCUUAAAGUAGCUGAGGUUAAGAAACAUUGCCUUAGAACAGGGGUCUUCAGACUUGGCCCUUUGAUGACUUGUGGACUUCAACUCCCAGAAUUCCUCAGCCAGACCAAGUUUGAAGACCCCUGCCUUAGAAUGUAGUGGGAGCCCACCUACGUCUGAUCCUGCAUUUGCAAGACUGUUGCUUACCUGAUGGUCUCGGUUGUGGAAAUGAAUUCCUGGCAUUGACUUGUUUUUUCCAUCUUUUCUGGAGUCAGUGGAUGACCUUGAUAUUUGGUAUUCCAGAUGAAGAAAAAGCGACAUGUUUUUUUUUUUCUCUUAAUGAUUUUCCAGCCACAAAUGGGCAGUGUGCCUCCAUACUGGUGCUUUCUAAAUUUUUGUCCUUUGAAUUUCUACUUAGAGAGGUUUCAUGGAGUUAACCUUUUCUAAACACUUUCUCAUCCAUUGCCUGUUAAGUCAGAUAGGGCUGGAACUUAGGUUGCACUAAUGGAACUCAGAAUAGAUGCUUUUAUCAAGCAAAUUGAAUAAGCUCAGUUUUGGGGCCGUGGUUGACCCACUAGAACUUCCACAGUGGCAUCUCCAAAGUGUCUUCACACCAUGCAGCUUUUGCAAGCCAAAUUCCACCGCUAGGAAUUCCACACGUGCAAAAAUACUGUGUAAGGUGUUCCCCAUCGGAAGGAAAUUAACAAUAUCUUACCUGGCAAGGUGUGAUCCGAGCUUCCUGCCAGAACUGUAGGAUGUUUCAAGGAAAGCAGAUCACCUGCCAGAGUCUCAAAGAUGCUUUUUCAAAAGGCGACUGGACUGUUUUUUUCCUUGAGAAGAAUUAAGACAUUUCGCUUCUCAUCCAUUCGCUUCUUGGCUGAGAAGCACAACAACAACAACAAUGACAACUCUUC